ACAUCGAGAAUCGAAAGUUGCAUCGAUAGUACGCAUCGAUACCUGCUGACAUCACUCGCAAUGAAGUAGUUGACGUAACGUAAAGGGGCUAAGCUGAGUGUGCGUGGUUGUGUCAGCUCGACAGGCGGGGGAUAACUGAAAACUUUGUUACUGUUUUUGUUUUUUAAGAUUUUUUUCUGGAGUUCAAAUGGCGGCUGUUGUGCAAAGAGUGUCGGCGUUAUUUUGUGGACAAUUGAAUAGAGGAGCUGUUGUUACCUCCAGAAUAAAUCCACGAUCUUUCUAUACGUACAGCCCCGAACCCUCACAACCUCUUCAACGCGAUCCGAAGUGGUGUUCACCCGAGGAAGCGGUGCAAUGCAUCAAAUCUUGUGACACCGUAUUUGUCCAGGGGGCGGCAGCAACGCCGACCAUCCUGGUCAACGCGAUGACUGAGCAUGGCAAAAAUAACUGUCUGAAGGACAUUACUGUCUGCCACAUGCACACAGAAGGCAAUGCCCCCUACGUGGAACCUGACUGCGAAGGUAUCUUUCGCUCAUGUUCUUUCUUCAUGGCAGCAAAUGUACGGAAAUCAGUAGCUGAAGGUCGUUCGGACUGUAUACCAAUUUUCUUGUCAGAAAUUCCUAAGCUUUUCCAUCAGAAGAUUGUCAAACCUGAUGUAGCACUUAUUCAGGUUUCUCCACCAGACCGACAUGGCUACUGUAGCCUGGGAACUAGUGUAGACUGUGUGCGUGCUGCAUUAACAUAUUCAAAAAUUAUUGUAGCACAUGUUAAUUGCCAUAUGCCCCGCACAUUUGGUGAUGCUCUGGUGCACAUGUCCCAUUUUGAUUAUGCUGUGAAAAUGGAUUGUCCAUUGCCUGAACAUGGAGGUCAACCACCCAAUGAAGAAGAAACUAAGAUUGGACAACAUAUUGCUUCAAACCUUGUCUGUGAUGGUGCUACUCUUCAGAUGGGUAUUGGUAGUAUACCGGAUGCAGUUCUGAAUGCUUUGGGAAACCAUAAAGAUCUAGGCAUCCACUCUGAAAUGUUCAGCGUUGGUUUGGUGGACUUAGUAGCGAAGGGUUGCGUUACUAACAAUCGCAAAACAAUUCACAAAGGAAAAAUAAUUGGCAGUUUUCUAAUUGGAACAAAGAAACUGUAUGAUUUUGUUGAUGAUAAUCCUUUCAUAGAAAUGAAAGAAGUGGAUUAUGUGAACAACACUAAAAUCGUUGCUCAGAAUCCAAACAUGACUGCUAUAAAUUCAUGCAUUGAAGUUGAUCUUACUGGUCAAGUAGUAUCAGACUCUAUAGGAACAAGAAUGUAUUCAGGUUUUGGUGGACAAGUAGAUUUCAUCAGAGGUGCAGGAGAAGCUCUUGAUGGUAAAGGCAAACCAAUAAUUGCUCUCCCAUCUGUAACCAAGAAGAAUGAAUCCAAAAUUGUACCUAUUAUCAAACCUGGUGCUGGUGUUGUAACAACAAGAGCUCACGUUCAUUAUGUGGUGACAGAGCAUGGAAUUGCUGAACUGUUUGGCAAGACUUUGCGCCAGCGAGCAUAUGAAUUGAUUAAAAUAGCUCAUCCAAAUCAUCGGCAAGCUUUGGAGAAAGCAGCAUUUGACAGAUUGAAAGUUAUGCCUGCACCCUGAACUGUUAAAAAAACUUGUGCAUUUACAUGUUCGAAUAAUAAAGGCAUUAGAUUGCCACAAAACAGAACUUGCCAGAACAAUAGUAACUGCAGCAAACACAAUGUAAAUGAAGAGGAAGAAAUAGUCCAUAGCACGAUUGCAAGCCAGUGAAACUUGAUUGAAAUAUUUUAGGUUUAAUUCAUACUACACAUCAAUUUUUUUUAAUUUUAUAUGAAAUCAUUUCAAAAUGCAUGUUUUUGAGUGUAAUAGGUAAUCAUUGUGAAAACUAAAUUAUCUGUUAAAUGUGCAGUUCACUAUGUUAUUGUUCACUCAUGUUAUUUUAGGUGAAUCAUUAAAAAUUAAGACUUGGAUAUAUAAUAUGUAAUUAUAAUAAUUUUAGAUCUGAAUUUUAAUCCAAGGUGAUGAAGACUGUCUAGCUGACACAGACAUAAUAAUUCUGCCUCCCACUGUUAAAACACUUAGUUGGUGCUAAAACAGUGGAAUGGCCCUUCAUGGCUUCAAGUGUAACAAAGGAUACUGCAUAAAGUUCAAAAUGCAGUUUUUAUUUCUCAUGAUCUGGAAAUAAAACACUUGAAGGCUGCUACCUGGUUAAGAGCAAUAACAGUUCAGUAGAUUAUUGUGGUCCAUCACAAUGUUCAGUUUCUUUGCUACCUGUUACAAAGAUUUUGAAGAGAACAUGAAAAUAAGCUUGUUUUAGCCCCUUUACUUGCUUGUUAAAAUAAAUGUUGGAACUUUUAUGUGAUGUUUAAUAUCUUAUUUUCCACUGUAAAUUGUGUGUCAUGAAAUACAGCCAAACAACUGUCAAACA